UGGAGGACACCGGAAAUGUUCACCCGGAAGCAGUGUUCUGCCUCUCGACCUUUCACCGAAGAAGAAUAAAAAAGUUAAGAAAAAUGAAAAUUUGAUAAAUAUCACAGAAUGAGCCUUAGUGUGAACAGUGUUGAGGAUGAUCAGAGUCCCCUCUUAUCAUCUUACAAUCCAAGUGAAGUUUCAAGAGGACCUUCACCAAGACAACUGUUACCAGUGUUAGAUAGACGGGUAUCUGACGGAAGACAGCGACAGCCUGUUAAUUAUAAUUCAAUUAGCAGCAACAGUUAUGGUAGUCAUGACAGCGAAACGUCUGCUGUUGUCAGCAGAUACAAGUAUUAUACUAAACUUGCCCCUCAUAGUGAUAGUUCUUUUACUAUGCCAGAUCAUGUUGUCCCUGGUUUAUUUAUCAUCACAGAGAUAGUAAAGAUUCAAGGAUCACAGUCCAGUAUUAUAACAAUAUUUUCACUGUGGAAUACAAUGAUGGGAACAUCUUUAUUGAGUAUGCCUUGGGCUAUCAAUCAGGCUGGUUUUACAUGUGGUAUAUUACUAUUAUUGGCUAUGGCAGCACUGAUGUUAUACACCAGUUACAGAAUUUUACACUCUGUUAAAUGUCUCAACAGUUCAAAUGAAGUGAUAGAGUUUUCUGACGUGUGUAGGGAGUAUCUGGGUCGUUGGGCCGAAGUUAUUGCGUUUGUUUCAUCUCUUCUGACACUCCUCGGAGGGAUGAUCGUCUACUGGAUACUUAUUUCAAACUUUCUAUAUAACAUUGUAACAUUUAUAUAUCAUCAGUCUCAGGGUGAAGACAUAUCAACCUCUGGAAGCACUGAUCCUAUAUGUCCAUCAAGAUCUCCACAACCUAAUCCUAACCACACUUCACCAAACAUCUCCAUGGUAACUGGGGACCAUUCCCAUGAUGCAACAUUUUCAAGAUGGUGGGAUGAGCAGAAAACGGUUCCCAUAAUGCUCAUAGCUGUUGUAUUUCCUCUCAUAAAUUUUAAAUCACCUACAUUCUUCACAAAAUUUAAUGCCUUAGGUACUAUAUCAGUAACAUACCUGGUUUGUUUUGCUAUGAAAAAUGCCAUCAGUUGGGGUGUUCAUCUAGAUUUCCACAACACAUCUAGUCCAGUAUAUGUACAUGAAUACAGGAAUACAUUUCCUGCAUUUACUGGCGUAGCCGUCUUCGGUUACUUUUGUCAAAACAGUGUUAUAGCUAUAACACGACCUCAAAAAUAUCCUCAGCGUCGUGUUCGUGAUUUGAUUAUAGCAUAUGUGCUAGUAGCUUUGACCUACAUCUACAUGGGUGUGAUUGUGUAUGUCUCGUUUGGUCUGGACAAGGACUGUCUAGAGGACAAUUUUCUCAACAACUUGAAGGACACAAAUGUGAUGGCAUUUGUUGCGAGAAUUGGUCUCUUCUUCCAGAUGAUAUGUGUUUUCCCUCUUCUAGUUUUCAUCUUCCGCCUACAGUUCAUGAACUCUCUUUUUGGUUCCAUUUGGCCAAGUUUAACACAUGUGCUGUUGCUCAACUCUGCUCUGAUAGGUGUUUGUAUAAUAUUUGCUGUGUUUCUGCCACAUAUUGGGAAAAUCAUUGGGUUUGUUGGUGCAUUCUGUGGGUUUUCCUAUGCUAUUGCCCUACCUUGUCUUGUUUUCAUGAAGAUACGACACCAAGCAGGGACAUUAACUCUACCAAUUAUCAUCUUCCACUCAUUUCUCAUUUUGAUUGGACUUGGUAACUUUAUAGGCCAGUUCUUACUACUUGGUUAAGUAGCAAUGGUCAGUUUUGAUGAAGUUGUAAAAAAAGAAAGAGGACUUGAGGUUGAUAUUAGUCUCAGAAAUAACACAGCAAUGCACUAUGCAUUUCCACAUUUGUAUUCUGAAAUAUUUUACUUGUGUAUAUACAAUAGAAUAGUACAUAACAUGGUCAAUAUUUUAUUUUCUUGCUUGAGUAAAUUGAAAGAUAUAUGCAUUGGCUAGGAGUUUAGUUAUACUCAAGAAAAGUAUCAUUAAACAUUUUUUAGUAUCAUCAAGGGAGAUAAUUUUUAAAAAUUAAGCAAGGUAGAAUUAUGGUAAAUUGAAAGAUGUAUGCAUUUGCUAUUACUUCAGUUUUCCUGAUUCAAGUAAAUAGUGUGAAUAAGUUUACUUCGGGCUUUUAGCACUCCUUGUAUGUUUUAUUUUUUGGUAGGAGCAUAUAAUUUGUUCUUAAAGAACUGUCAUAUCUUGAUAUGUUACUUUGUAUAGAUAACUCCAUUUUGCUAAGGGUUGAAGAUGGGAGGCAUUAAGGCUAAAAAUUGAGGAUUUUUAUAUUUUUUUGUUUCUUUGGUAAGGAUUUUAGCACGGACAUAGUGGUAUACAGGUGCAUUCAUUAGCAUGAUACAUGCCUUAGUUCUAGAAUAGUGCCUUUCUUGACUGCAGAAUCUUUGUUUAUUAUUUACAAUGUAUGUUAAUGGUUAAUAUUGUCAUAUUACAUUAUAAAGUACUCUUAAUAACAGAAUUAGAGGUAUGUUAAUGGUGCUUUUAUGUAAGUUGCACUUUUUGUAAAACAAAAUGUGAUUUGUGAAAUUAUAAAAUUGAAAAAAAAAGUCAAAAUGCUUUAUUGUGAUAGUAUAUUUUCACUUGUGCAAUGUUUGUAUUAUAUAAAGGUCAUGUAUGGCCAUUUUUCAUUUAUUUAUCAAACUUUGUGAAAGUUAAUUGAUAUUAAUAAUUUGUAGUGCUAGCAUAUAGACAUACCUUUGUCAUUUGUACAGAGCAAGACUGGUUGGCAUUUUUAUGUUGUCAGACCAAAAUAUUGGCCAUGUGAUUUACUUUUAAUCUUGAAACCCCUGGCAUAAAAACAUAUUUUCUUAAUUUCCAUGUCCGGCUUUCUUUUCAGUUAAUUUACAAAACCAGUUUACAUAGUGUUAAAAAGUAAUUUUACUGAAAAUAAAAUGAAUUGUUCUGAAUCAUUUUACAUUAUUAGACAUACAUGUAUUCAAAUGGUCUUUUUUUGCAAGUUGCUGUUAUUUUUCUUUUUAUUAAAGAAACUUGAAAAUUAAGAAAUAUUUUCUUAGUAGUUAAAAAUUGAAAUUUUGAACAUCGUUUUGACCAUGUUUAUUUGUAACUUUAUAAAUAGAAAUGAAUUAUUUGUAAAAAAGACAAAACAUUUUGUUAAAAAUUCAUUAAAUCUUACUGCACAGUUGUAAAUUUUACUAUACUUUGAGGGGCAUUUUAAUCCAAAUGUACUUGAAAGGACAAAAGUCUUAAUAUUGAACUGUGAACAAAAACCUGUUUCCAAUACUCAUGAUAUUUCUCCAUUAAUUUUGUUGUUAUAUUGUUAUUUUGUUUACUUUGUUAAUAGUGCUUACAAUGUUAUGAAUAUAUUAUUUUUCAUUAUUGAUACCCAUGUAAAUGAAACUUUGUGAAUAUAUUUGUGUGUUAUUUGUACCUUGGAUGUUAUAUUGUUACUAGAAACAUUCUUUUCUCAUAAAGUUAUAAGUAAAUUACAUUCUUUUCUCAUAAAGUUAUAAGUAAAUUACCCAAAUUAUCAUAUUUUGAUGUAUCCAAUGGUUAUAUAUCUGAUAUAUUCAUUGUUUUUCUGUGUCUCUGAUAGAUUCAGUGUUGUUUUCUACUUGUAUCCAGUAUUUUCUUUGUUUCUGAUAGACUCAAUGUUUUCUUUGUUUGAUAUAUUCAGUGUUUUCUUUGUGUGAUAUAUGUGAUGUUUUCUUCAUGUCUUAUAAAUUAUAUUUUUUUUGUCGCAGUCCUGUAUAUCAAUUUCAAUAAGGACUUAAGAUUCUGUCAUAUGAUGAAACUAUCCCGCUGGUUCUAAUCUGAUUGCAGAGAGGGGACCAAAAGGUCCGCUUCCACCUGUCAAGUUACCAUUAUAUUACCUUCAUAUUAAAGCCCUGUAUUCAUUACUGUUGUAUGAUCUUUAUGAAUCAGAUUCAAGACAGAUCUAGGACGUGUAGGAAUAUUUGAGCCGCGCCAUGACAAAACCAACAUAGUGCGUUUGCGUCCAGCAUGGAUCCAGACCAGCCUGCGCAGUCUGAUCAGGAUCCAUGCUGUUCACUAUCAGUUUCUCUACUUGGUAUAGGGUUUGUAAGCGAACAGCAUGGAUCCUGAUCAGACUGCGCGGAUGCGCAGGCUGGUCUGGAUCCAAGCUGGUCGCAAACGCACUAUGUUGGUUUUGUUGUGACGCGGCUCAUUUCAUUUUGUAUUUUUUCCCCUCGUUUUUUUGUACAUCACUAGAGACCAUAUUAUCAAAUUCUUAAACUACAUUGACAUGUUUGCAAUAAUUAGAUAACUACUAUUAUUUUUCAUUACUUAAAAGUCCUCUCAAUGAGACCUCCUCUUUAAAAAAACCCGUCUCUUAUGACGUUCAUAGUAGUAAUAGUUAGUUAGUAUUUAUCACUCCCUGUAAUUAACCUUAAUGUGUACACCUUUUAACCCUUAUAUGUUACCUAAAGAUAUUUGCACCUUCCACACCUAUAUUAAAAACUGCCUUUAAAUUAUGUUAGAAGCCUUCCUCCUUGUCAUGUGUUAGCAUUAACUACCUUUAAAUAAUGUAUGCACCUUACACCUUAAAAUAUUUGCACCUUUUACUACCUUUAAAUGAUGUUUUGUGCGUAUGACCACCAUAUUUUCUUUUACAAUCAAAACCUUUAUACACAUUCUCGGCUACCUACCUAUGACCACCAUAUUUUACAUUCUCAGUUACCUAUCUUCACAUUUUAACUGAAGUUAUGUUUACUUUUUUUUAUCUUUAUUUUCAUUUCAAAAUGAAUCAUUAUCUUGACUUACAUGUAUUGUACUGUAGACAUUGCCAUUUCUUGUUCACAUGUGUAUGCAAUGAAGAUUUUACAAUUUAUAAAAAUAAAUGGCUGCUUUGUUGUGUUUUUUUUCAACGAACUACUAUGACAUAUGUGUAUUAACAAUGUAAUAAAUAGCAAAGCAGUAACUUUUGCUGCACUUUAUACAGAAAUAUGGUUGUAUUUUUCACUAUAUAUUUUUUGUAAAGAAAUUCAAUGUCAAGAAUAAAUGUGAAAUUUU